AUGAAGUACUUUGGCCCAUUUGAAGUGAUUGAGCGAAUUGGAGCAGUGGCAUACAAGUUAAAGUUGACUGAAACAACUUGUAUACAUCCGGUGCUUCAUAUUUCGGUGUUGAAAAAGUUUGUUGGUAGUUCAAAGCAACCUUACUUACCAUUACCACUUGCAAUGAGUGCUAAUGGUCCAAUAGUACAACCCAUAGCAGUGAUGGAUUCAAGGCCAUCAUCACAUCUACAUAUAUUUUACAUCAUUAAUACAUACUUCUUCACCUCACACCUCCCUUCAGCCGGAGCCGAUGCCGUCACCGACAGAGACGGCGCCGCCAUUCGAAACGGCGGCACAUACCACAUCCUACCCCUCUUCGGGGUAAAGAACGGCGGACUAGAACUCGCCGCCACCGGAAACGAAACCUGUCCACUCACCGUGGUGCAAUCUCGCACUGCUCAGAUUUUCAGGGGCCUCCCAGUAAGAAUCUCAUCCCCUUAUCGAAUCGCUUACAUCUCCGAAGGCCUUAUUCUGAACCUCGCCUUCGCUUCUUCGCCGUCGUGUGCCCCCACUCCUCCGAACUGGACCGUUGUUAAAGGUCUACCAGAAGGGCAAGGUGUGAAACUACCCGGGUACGGGAGGAGCACGGUGAGUGGCUGGUUUAAGAUCGAGAAAUCUUCCCUUGAAUACUUGUACAAGCUUGUCUUCUGCGCACGUGCCAGCAAAGCGUGUGGGGAAAUUGGGAUCAGUGUUGAUGAUGAGGGAAUCAACCGUUUGGUUCUGACUGAGGAGGAGGGUGAUGGUAUCAUUGUUGAGUUUAUGAAAGCUAGUUCAGUUUCUGCUUGAAAAACGAAACAUGUGAAAGAAUAGUGUACUUUCUCCUAGUGUGAACGAGAGAGAGUAUGUAUGAUAAAUAAAUUAUUCUAAACUCACGACUAUGAACUAUGACAGCCCA